AUAUGUAAACAUAGAAAGAUAUGAGCAUAAUCAUCUUUCUAUGUUUACAUAUCUGUAUGACUGUAUGUACAUAUUAGUGUUAAUUAUGUGCUCGUGUUUGUGUACGUGCUUGAUAGACUCACCCAUUAGUUCACUACAUAUCAACAGCUUUCUUCACCUCUCUCCUCAUUCCUUUUUUUAUUAUUAUUCUCUAUACUCUCCCUUGACUUUCAUUACAAACAGGCAACAAGGUUAUGGGAAUUAGUAUUGUUUCUGCCAUGGGAGUUUGUUUGCGCAACCACGUCAAGGCUGAGAGCCCAAUAGCCCCAAUCAAUUCAGUUUCAGGGUUAAAUUCAAAGAGUGUGAAUGUCAGUACAGAAAAUAUCAGUAGCCCAUGUUGUAAGGUUCCUGAUGAUCUCAGUAGCUCAAGUAAGACUGGAGCACCAGCGGAAUUGGUAUUGGUCCCUCGGACUAUUCGUGGUGAGGAGGAGAUCUUGCAAUCCUCCAAUUUGAAGAGCUUUACUUCUACAGAACUUAAGGCUGCAACCAGAAAUUUUCAUGUAGACAGUGUGUUAGGAGAUGAUGGUAUUGGAUCUGUUUUUAAGGGUUGGAUUGAUGAACACUCAACUUCUGCUGCCAAACCUGGCAAAGGCAUUGUUGUUGCUGUCAAAAGACUUAAUCAUGAUGGCUUCAAAGGUCAUAACGAUUUGUUGGCUGAAGCCAACUAUCUAGGCCAGCUUUCACAUCCUCAUCUAGUGAAAUUGAUUGGAUAUUGCCUUGAAGAUGAAAACAGCUUCAUGGUCUUUGAACUUAUGCCACGUGGCAGCUUGGAGAAUCACUUAUUCAUAAGAGGCUCAUAUUUUCAACCUCUUUCUUGGAACCUCCGUUUGAAGGUUGCUUUUGGUGCUGCAAAAGGCCUUGCAUUUCUUCACAGUGCUGAAACAAAAGCGACAUACCGUGAUUUCAAGACUUCAAAUGUCUUGCUAGAUUCAAAUUAUAAUGCAAAACUAUCAAAUUUUGGGCUGCCAAAGGGCGGGACUGCGGUUGAUAAAAGUCAUGUCUCCAACAAGCUAACCUACGGAUAUGCAGCUCCAGAAUACCUGGCCACUGGUAAUCACAGUGCUAAGAGUGAUGUCUAUAGUUUUGGAGUUGUCCUAUUGGAAAUAUUAUCAGGAAGGAGAGUUGUUGACAAGAAUAGACCACAAAGACAACACAAUUUGGUGGAAUGGGCUAAGCCUUAUCUAUCCAACAAGCGCAAGAUUUUACGCGUGUUGGAUAAUCGUCUUGAAGGCCAAUAUGAAUUAGAAGAUGUGUAUAAGGUUGCUAUACUCUCCCUACGGUGCCUUUCAAUAGAAGCCAAGUUGAGACCAAACAUGGACGAGGUUGUUACAAAUUUGGAGCAGUUGCAGGUUCCAAAUGUAAAUAAUCAGAAUCGUUUACGUAGAAGAAGUACCGAUGAUGUUCCCCGUGUUAGAACAGCCGCAGCUUAUCCCCAACGCGCUACUUCUAUGCUUUGUACAUGACAUUAAACAUUGCAAAAUGCAGAUACAGCUUUCUUGAAAGUUAACAAAGCUGAAUGUCCUCAAAUGCAGAGAUCCCAUACCAUGAACACAUGUUACCGAAUAAAUUGCACAUAUCUUACUAUAGUUAAUGCUUCAGCACCAAACUUCUCGAACAUUCUGCUUGUUGAGACUUGAGAGCGCCUAUGUCUACAUACAAAUAAUUGGAUCUUUUUAGUGUUUGUAACAGUCAAAUAACUGGGAUUUCUAGAUCUUUUGCUCAGAUAUAUCUGGCAGCCAGAAGUGUUGUCCACCGAAAUUGUAGGAGCCGAACCCUAUUAUUUGUGAAAGCAAGCAUAAGUUCAUGUAAAUCAUAUUUGAUGUAUCAAGUUUGAAUUUAUUAUUAAAUCAUAUCUUUUUCACCUCA